ACUAGCUGCACAAACACACCACACACAUGAAUGUUCCUCGCCCUCUGCAGGCCGUCACUGGGAACGGGAUGGACAAUCACUUACUGGGACUGCGGGAAAUGGCCAGGCAGAUGGAGAUGCAGACGCCGGACAUAUUCUCUGAUGAAACAUACAAGAUCAGCAACCAUUUCAUCCUGUCCACCAGUCAGGUCCCCACUGAGAUGGAGAUGUUCUGCUGCUAUGGUCCAGUGGUUCCAGACGGUUACGGUGUUUGUUAUAAUCCUCAGUCGGAUCACAUCGUGUUCUCAGUGUCCAGUUUCAGAGAGAAUAAAGAAACCUGUUCAGAUCGGCUGGCAGAAGAGCUGCAGGUCGCACUACUGGACAUGAAGGACCUGUGCAUGAAACACAUGAAACACUAAUCUGUGUAACACCACACUGACCACAGUAACACUACAGUAACACCACACUGACCUCAGUAACACCAGAGUAACACCACACUGACCACAGUAACACCACACUGACCACAGUAACACUACAGUAACACCACACUGACCAUAGUAACACCACAGUAACACCACACUGACCACAGUAACACUACAGUAACACCAUACUGACCAUAGUAACACCACUGUAACACCACACAUACCACAGGAACACCACACUGACCACAGUAACACUACA